AGAAAGAGAGAGAGAGAGAAAAGAGAGAGAGAGAAAAAAAGAGGUGGGGAAGACUUAUGUUAAAUGUUUCAGGUCCGACCUGAGGAAACUCUACACUUCCAGCGCCUUCGAUACCAACACUCCCUUUGGAUUGCUCAAUAAGGUCUGGUUCGAAAUCUGCAUGUACUUCUGCACAAGGGGGAGGGAAAACCAGAGAGAAUUGGAGGAGGACUCCUUUGGCUUGGCCACAGAUGAGGACGGACGAAGAUUUGUCUAUUAUAAAGCAUGUGGACCUUACCACAGAUCUCGCUCAGUAACGUGGAAUAAGAAGAGGAUGGUGAAUGAUGAGGAGAACUUCCCUAGGAUGUAUGAGACAGGCACAGAUUUCUGUCCUUAUGCAAGUUUUGUUAAAUAUAUUUCCAAACGUAACCCUCUGUGUAAGGCUUUUUUUCAAAGACCAAGGGAUCAUUGCAAUGAAAGUGAUGUGACCUGGUAUGAGAACAAAGCCAUUGGGAAGAACCUGCUGGGCACCCGGAUGCAGAUGUUGUCCAAGGCGGCAAAGCUUUCUAAGACUUACACUAAUCACUGCAUAGGAGCAGUGUCCAUAGCCACCCUGAGCAGCAUCGCGGGCAUCGGCAGCAGGUUGGUCCCUCACAGAUCUCCCCCAAACACAAAUGGGUCCUGUCAUCUCGAGCAAUCGUCCCCUUUCACAAUCCAAAAUCACCAAGGAGAGAUCAUAGGGGUAAAAGUGGAAACAGCCAUGACCCCCACUCUUUACGAACCUGUGUACUCAGACGACACCUGUCGUCCACCCUCACAAAAAAGACUCUGCGUCCGGCCCUCAGAUUGUGUAGAUUCCCAGAUCGCGAGCCCAAACAGGAACAACCCACAGGAAUCUGUGCUUCGUGAAUCCGGUGGCCAGCCUGGACCCACUACACCUAUAAUCAUACCAACUAACCAGGACAGUCGACACAACAUGUCGAGACCUCUGCUGACGAGGUCUCCAGUGUCUCCGCUCAACAACCAGGGGAUCCCAACCCCAGCUCAGCUCACCAAAUCAAACGCCCCAGUGCACAUUGACGUGGGAGGGCACAUGUACACCAGCAGCCUGGCAACGCUCACCAAGUUCCCCGAAUCGAGAAUUGGCCGGCUUUUUGAUGGCACAGAACCCAUUGUGCUGGACAGCCUCAAGCAACACUACUUUAUCGAUCGAGAUGGUCAGAUGUUUCGUUACAUAUUGAACUUUCUUCGAACAUCAAGACUUCUUAUUCCUGACGAUUUCAAAGAUUACAGUUUGUUAUAUGAAGAAGCCAAAUACUUUCAGCUGCAGCCCAUGUUGGCGGAGCUAGAGCGGUGGAAACAGGAGCGGGAGUUGAGCAGGUUCUCUCGGCCAUGCGAGUGCCUGGUGGUGCGAGUGGCUCCAGACCUGGGAGAGCGCAUCACCCUGAGCGGAGACAAGUCCCUCAUAGAGGAGGUCUUCCCAGAAAUCGGGGACGUGAUGUGCAAUUCCAUCAACGCUGGCUGGAACCACGAUUCAACACACGUCAUCCGAUUCCCCCUGAACGGGUACUGCCACCUCAACUCUGUGCAGGUUCUGGAGCGGCUACAGCAGAAAGGCUUCGAGAUCGUGGGGUCUUGCGGAGGUGGUGUGGACUCCUCCCAGUUUAGCGAAUAUGUGCUGCGGCGGCAAAUCAGAAGGUUGUGUCGCGUUCCGCCGGUCAUUCGAAUAAAACAGGAGCCACUGGACUGAAACGGACACGUUUUACAGAGUGCAAAGAUCCCCACACAAAAAAAAUUCUAAAAAAAUAUUAAAAAAAAACAUAUUUCCUGUGCAUUUGGUAAAAGGUAUUGGACUGUUUGUUACCAAACUGAAUAUAGCAACAUGCCAUUUUUCCAGAAAACUGCAGCUGAGUCCACUUUGGAGCUUGUGGGAUAUCAAUGAAAUAUUUAUCAUUCUGUUUUUUGUUGUUUUUUUUGUUUUUGGAAGUGACUUGGCAUGACUUCAGGCGGCGUUUUCCACCCCCCCCCCUCCCCCCCACUAAAUUCAGAACCAACUUUGCAUUGAACGAAAGAGAGAGAGA